AUGGAGCAGCUGGAGAAGCGCUCGCGCGCCAGCGGCAGCAGCGCCGCAGGCACAAUGCGGCACAAAGCGCUCUCCCGGCAUUCCACCGCCAGCCACAGCAGCUCCCACACCUCCGGCAUCGAGGCCGACCCCAAGCCCAGGGAGAUGGGGCCCGACGACGGCUUCUCCGGCGCCGGCGCCCACCGCAAGCUGAAGACCUGCAGCUCCAUGACCAGCCACGGCAGCUCCCACACCUCCGGCGUGGAGAGCGGCGGGAAGGACCGGCUGGAGGAGGACUCCCAGGAUGAUGAAAUCGAGAUGCUGGUGGAUGACCCCCGGGAGCUGGAGCAGGCUGGAGACAUGGAGGUGAGCCCCGACAUGUGUGUCUACAUCACGGAGGACAUGCUGCUGUCCCGCAAGUUCAACGGGCACUCGGGGCUUAUCGUGAAGGAGAUCAGCUCCUCCACCUCCAGCUCCUCGGAGACGGUGGUGAAGCUGCGGGGGCAGAGCACCGACUCCCUGCCCCAGACGUCGUGCAGGAAGUCGAAGACGUCGACGGACCGGCACAGCCUGAGCCUGGACGACAUCCGGCUCUACCAGAAGGACUUCCUCCAGCUGGCCAACCUGUGCCAGGACACGGCGCAGAGCUACACCUUCGGCUGCGCCCACGGGCUGGACGAGGACGGGCUCUACUGCAACGGCUGCCUGGCCCAGCAGUGCAUCAACAUCCAGGAGACCUUCCCCGUCAAAAGAACCAGCAAAUACUUCUCCUUGGACCUCACCCACGACGAAGUCCCCGAGUUCGUGGUCUGAGCGCCUCGGAGGGAGGGGGCAGGACCUGCUGCCCGCCCUCGGGGGUGGGGGAGGAUGGGGCUCCCUGCCCUGCAUGGAGGGGGGGUGUCCACAGCGCCUUCCCCCCACCCCGCCCCGCUCCCUGUUCCCGUGGGAACCGCGGCACCGGGAGGAUUUGUCCCGAUGGGGAUCCCCGGGCGCGGCGGAUCGACUCCGGAUGAGUCUGUGCCAAACACAAGCUGUCUUAUUUCGACUGGGAGAAGCACAGCUCGCCUGACCAGCAGAAGCCCACCCGUGUUUUCUCGUCGUGGCCUCUUCCCCUCCUUGCCCCCCACCCCGUCUGAGAGAAAGUGCCAGACUGUUGAGUUCAAGUCAAGCCAAAGAAAUGUAAAUAACCCUAAAGGCCAGUAUGGGAAGGGAGAAUUAAGCAAUAAUGAUGUUCCGUGGAGGAAGGCACGGCUGGGGCAGAGCAUCAUCCCGGUUCUUCCAAAAACACGUCCUGGGGGUCAGGCCAGAGCGGUUCCCAGCGAGGUGGAUGGUGGCUGGGAGUUGGCAGAGCCAUUUGCAACUUGUUUUAAUCUUUUUCUUUAAAAAAAAAUUUUUUUUUUUUUUGAGAGCAAAACCCCAAAACCA